AUGAUGUUCAUGCGCGGGAGUGAGGGGGGCAUCCUCGCCGCGUUGUUGCUCUAUUCGCUAGCGGUGGCGUCGGCGCAAUACACAAAAGCUCGGGAACACACGUCACAUCAUGUAACGAGAUUAAGGCAUUCCAGACAUCUAGAAGGGUACCUGCCCAUACACACAUCUUCCUUUGUACCUGCGACGGUUCCAAAAUUGGCGGUUAAAGAUAACCAUAAACCGCUGUUCACCGAGUGCCUGAACUACAGGCCCACUGUUAAAGAGGAACAGCCUGUAGGAACCUAUGUGUUCACUGUACACGCAGAAGACCGGGAUCCCCCAGAAAUGGGUGGAACGGUCACAUACAAGUUUGUCUCCACUCCUGGUGAGAAGGAGAGGUUCCACGUUGACCCUGAGACAGGGAAAAUCACCACAGCCGAUAUAUUCGACCACGAUGAACCGUCCAGAGAGAAAGAAGCCUACAUAACAGUUCGAGCCAGUGAUAACGGACAACCGCAGCUCGACGACGCAUGUACCAUCAAAAUUCUGAUAGAAGACAUUAAUGAUAACCAGCCAGUGUUCGACAAAGUUUCGUAUUCCGAGUCGGUUCCACAAGACCUGCCGAGUGGGAGGGAAGUGAUGAGGAUAUCUGCGACGGACAUCGACGAUGGCAACAAUUCUAUAGUCCAUUAUAGUCUGGACUCCAAUUCUCCAGACCAAGCGUAUUUUUUCAUAGAUCCGGACAACGGAGUCAUAUUUUUGAAUAAAACUAUUGAUAAAGCUCCUGGAUACAAGUUUAAGUUGAGCGCCAUAGUAAAAGAUAUGGGCACCCCGCCUCAACAGAGUUCUAUAACUUUAGACAUUCAAGUUGUGGAGUCCAAUAAGAAGAGUCCAUCCUUCAUUGAAGUGCCAGAUGAACCAAUCAGAUUAAAGGAAAAUUAUUCUGAUUUUAAUACUCCUAUCGCUACCGUGAGGGCUGUUUCAAACAUCCCAGAGGAGAAGAAGCUGCAGUUCGAGCUGGUGCAAGGUCAGACAGAACAGACCAAUAAAUGGCAUACAUUCGUGUUGGAGCCUGAAGCAGACUCCGCCUACAUUAAGCUUGGUAACCACCUGGAUUUUGAGAAGAUCACCGAUUAUACGCUUACUGUUCGGAUACAGAACAAUUACAAAUUGGCAGCAGAAACGAUAAUACAAAUCGAGGUUGAAGAUGUUAACGACAAUAUCCCAAUCUUCAGCGAAAUAAGAUCAGGAAGUGUAUUAGAAAAUGAGAACCCAGGCACACCAGUGAUGCAGGUCCGAGCCUUCGACGCAGAUGGGACGUCAGCUAACAACCAAAUAACCUAUGAACUUGGCGACCCAUCCGACCCAUUCGCCAUAGACAGUAUAACUGGCAACAUCACAACUUUAAAAAUGUUCGAUAGAGAAGAAAGGAGUUUCUAUAACAUUAAGAUCAUUGCUACUGACAAUUCAGAGUCUGCUCUGAUACCCGGCAAGCAUAACGCUGGUCAGCAAGUGUUCUUGAUAGAAAUAGCUGAUAAAAAUGACAAUCCUCCACACUUUACCCAAGACACAUAUGUUGCUGAAUCUAUUGCUGAGAACGCUAAUAUAAAUGAGCUGGUUACUGUUGUCAGCGCUUUGGAUAUUGAUACAGCAUCCGUAGUAACAUACAGCAUUGUCGCCGGUAAUACAUACGACGCCUUCGUCAUCCGAAAUUUCACUGGAGAAAUAAGGGUUAACAAUGAACUAGAUUAUGAAAACAUCACCAGCUAUAGCCUCGAUGUCAGGGCUUUUGACGGCAUCUACGAAGACUACGCCAAAGUCAUCAUCAAUAUUGAAAAUUUGAACGACAACCCGCCUGUAUUUUUGGCUAAUUACACCAAAACUAUUGAAGAAGAGAAGCUGUAUGAAGGGUGUAUUGUUAAGGUGGAAGCUUACGACCCUGAUAUCAAAGACAGGAAUGCACCUCAAAACAUCGUCUAUUCCCUGGUUAAACAUGAACAGAAAGAAUUCCUUCAAAUCGACAACGAUGGUUGCCUUCGUCUCACCAAGCCUUUAGACCGCGACCAGCCACUAGGUUUCACAAGAUGGCAGAUUUUAAUCAUGGCCGCCGAUCAUGGCGGGAGAUUGGGUUCUGACAGCUUGAGGUCAACGACCGAAGUCAUUUUGGAGCUCACCGAUAUCAACGAUAAUGCACCGUUUUUGACUAAUACACAGCCCGUUAUUUGGUAUGAGAACGAGCCCCCCGGCCAGGUUGUGAUCCUGACUGCGAAGGAUUACGACUCAGCUGAAAAUGGCCCACCUUUCACCUUCGCGCUAAACGAAUCCGCGUCAUUUGAUAUUCGCUCCAAAUUCCAUAUACAAGGCAACAUCCUAUCGACCCUCGUAUCUUUCGACCGUGAACAACGCAAAGAAUACAAGAUUCCAGUAGCCAUCACUGACUCCGGUACUCCUCGACUGACGGGCGUCUCCAUCCUUCAUGUGGUGAUCGGAGACAAGAAUGACAACCCCAUGGCACCAGGACACAGCGACAUCUUUGUUUAUAAUUACAAGCCGGAAACGUACUUCAAUGAGAUAUUAUACAGUUGGCGGUAUUAUGGUGAAGCUCCCGAUACAGAAAUUGGUCGAGUGUACGUCGAUGACCCUGAUGAUUGGGACUUGGCUGACAAGCGGUUUAUGUGGCUGCCGUCAUAUGAACAGAGGAGUCCAUAUUUUGACAUCCAUAGCAACACUGGCAUGAUCACCAUGAAGGAGGGAACGCCUAAUGGCACUUAUUUGUUGAGAUUCAAUGUGACUGAAGAAAACGAACCUCUGGUACCGUUCCACUGGGUAGAAGCGACUGUGAAUGUGACCAUCAAAGAGAUACCAGAAGAAGCAGUGGACAAGUCAGGGUCCAUUCGUUUCGUGAACAUCACCGCUGAAGAGUUUAUUGUUCCUGAACCUGAUGGCACGAGUAAGAAGGAAAAGUUACACCGUCGUUUAGCACAACUGUACAACACGUCCAUGGACAAUGUGGAUGUUUUCACCGUGUUCACGAAGAAUACUGUGAAAGAUGUUUUCUUGGAUGUCCGAUUUUCCGCACACGGAUCCCCGUAUUAUCCUCCCGAGAAAUUGGACAGCAUGGUCAUUGGGAUACAAGAAAAGCUUGAAGAAGAACUCCAAUCAAAGAUCUACAUGGUGAAAAUAGACGAGUGCCUGAUAGAGAAGGAGCAGUGUGAAGACUCCUGCCGCAAUGUGCUGAUGAAGAACAACGUGCCACUGUCCGUGUAUACGAACACGACUAGUUUCGUUGGCGUCUCUGCUAGGGUGGAGUCAGAGUGCACCUGUGAUGUCGUUGAACCCCUCGUGUGUUUGAAUGGCGGUACUCCAUUUGCGGAUAAGUGCGAGUGUCCCGAAGGUCUCUCAGGACCUCAUUGUGAGCAAACAUCAAUCGGUUUCCAUGGCGACGGAUGGGCCAUGUACUCGUCUCCACCGGCCUGCCAGGAAGGUCACGUGACCUUGACAGUGACGUCACACUCUAGUAACAGUCUCGUCUUCUAUUUAGGACCUUUGAAGCACAAUCCGCUGUUGGAAGUCCAAGAUUUCAUGUCCUUGGAACUGGUAGAAGGUUUUCCAGUACUCCUCGUCAAUUAUGGAUCUGGCACGACCAGACUAAACAACAGUGUAGUCCACGUGGCUGAUGGAAAGCCUCAUUUGAUCGAAAUAGUUCUCAUGAGAAGUUCUAUAGAAAUGUUCGUAGACAGAUGUAAAUUGUCUACGUGUAUGAGCCUUGCUGCUCCUACGGGUCCAAGGGAGAUUUUAAAUGUAAACGGUCCACUGCAACUAGGAGGCUCCAGUAUAGACCUCCAACACUUGGCUAGAACGUUCGGCUGGAAACACGUGCCAACCAAUCAAAAUUUCGUAGGAUGCAUCAGUAACUUCACAUAUAACGACUUUAUGUACAACUUGGGAGAGCCGUCGUUACAUCGCAAUGCGGACCCCAGUUGCCAACGCAGCAUGUUCACCGCCGUCACCUUCGGCAUCGACACCAACUUCUUAGUAGCCAUACUUGUCUGCAUCGUCAUAUUAGCAAUUCUUCUCCUAGCAGUGGUAGUACACCGCAGACGAGCUGAUGCCUGGGCUGAGAAGGAACUAGACGACAUAAGAGAGAACAUCAUUGCUUACGAAGACGAGGGUGGCGGCGAGGGAGACGCUGGAUACGACCUGCAUGUCCUCAGGCAGAUGUAUGAUGGUCCACUGCCUGAUACUGACACCUUCAUGCAGAGUAGAGGUAUGGUAGGCGCAGCGCCAGAUAUCUCAGGAUUCCUGGACGACAAGAAGUCUGUCCUGGACCGGGAUCCAGACAUCACGCCGUACGAUGACGUCAGACACUACGCGUAUGAGGGAGACGGGAAUACUAGUGGUUCUCUCUCUUCUUUAGCGAGCUGUACGGACGAUGGAGACCUCAAAUUCAACUACCUACAAACAUUUGGUCCUCGGUUCCGCAAGUUGGCGGACAUGUAUGGAGAUGAGGAUGAGGACCGGCCACACGAGGAGUCUUGGUGCUAG